GGAAACAGCACCCGAAUGAAAUAUCCACACGAGGCCUCCCUCGCUUCCCAUCCCUCCCUCGUCCAACGCCGACGAGUCACGCCUCCUCUCAAGUCCACAACUGCUCUCCUCCCACUCCCAAUCUCUUCUUCUUCCGCCCCAAGUCGCCUCACCGGGGAUGGAGAUCGACGCGGCGGUCCGCGCGAGCAGCGACGGCCGGCUGCGCACCAAGUACGACAACGCCGUCUACGUCGUCCAGCGAGCCUUCGCGCUCUACCCGUUUGAGGAGAUUGCCUUCAGCUUUAAUGGCGGGAAGGAUUCAACCGUACUCUUGCAUUUAAUACGGGCAGGCUACUAUCUUCACAAAACAAGUUGUGGGGACGAAGCUCAAAUCAAUACUGUUCAAAACUGUCCGCUGCGUACCAUCUAUUUCGAGACCCCUUGUGCUUUCCCUGAAAUCAACUCAUUCACUUAUGAAACAGUCUCAACUUAUGGUUUGCCACUGGAAACUAUCCGAUCAGAUUUCAAAUCUGGUCUAGAAGGCCUAUUGAAAGAGAAGUCUACUAAAGCCAUUUUCAUUGGCACUAGAAUCGGAGAUCCAAACGCGGUUGGUCAAGAACAAUUCUCUCCUAGUUCGCCUGGCUGGCCUCCUUUUAUGAGGGUGAAUCCUAUCUUGGAUUGGUCAUACAGGGAUGUUUGGUCUUUCCUCUUAACCUGUAAGGUCAAAUACUGCAGCCUUUAUGAUGAGGGGUAUACAUCCAUUGGGAGCAUAUAUGAUACUGUUCCAAAUGCACUUCUUAGUGAUUCAUCUACUGGGAACAGCUUUAGACCGGCAUACAUGCUAUCAGAUGGAAGACUUGAAAGAGCUGGGAGAGCGAAGAAGACUAGCAACAACACGGAAACUAAUUCUGUUGCAAGCAAUGGCAUGAACAAUGCUGAGGGAGAGCAAAUGAUCGCACGUUCGGCUUCAGUUAUUGUAGUUGGUGAUGAAAUAUUGUUUGGCACAGUUGAGGACAAAUUUGGCGCAGCCUUGUGCAAGAAGCUUCAUGAAAUUGGCUGGCGAGUUUCUCAUGUCACGGUUGUUCACAAUGAAAUUGAUUCUGUUGCCGAGGAAGUCAAACAAUGUAAAUCUACUGAUGACGUGGUAUUUAUUUUUGGGGGACUUGGGCCUCUACAUUCAGAUAUUUCAUUGGCUGGUGUUGCAAAAGCAUUUGGAGUUCGCCUGGCUCCUGAUGAAGAGUUUGAGGAGCAUCUUAGUCAACUCAUAGGGAACAGUUACAUUGGUGAUCGAAAUGAGAUGGCUUUGUUGCCAGAAGGUAUUACCGAAUUAUUACAUCACAAGAUGCUCCCGUUGCCACUGAUUAAAUGCAAGAAUUUGAUCAUUCUUUCUGCAACUAAUGUGGAUGAACUGGACAUGGAGUGGAAUUGUCUUCUGGAUACCCAAGAGAGUGGUUUACUGAGGACGAAACCUUUUGUAUCAAAACAUCUCAGCACUUUACUCCCAGAUGUCAAAAUUGCUCCGGUGGUUGCAAAGCUAUGCUUGGAGUUUUCUGAUGUGUACAUAGGUAUGAUGCCUGUUAUAGGAGGGUCUCAUCGGAUUUCGAGAACGGGGCCGUUGGUUGUUAGUCUUGUUGGAAAGGAUUAUCAAAGGGUAGAAGGGGCUGCAGCGAAGCUGUCAGGCAGCUUUGAAGGACUAUUUUCCCAAGUUGACAGUUGCAAAUAGGUAAAGAGAAUACUUGAACUAUGGACUCCGUUGUUGAUUUUUCACCCCACCGACAACGAUUUUAGCCAGGAAGGCCAUGGCCGCUGCUCUUCCCCACUCCGCCGUGACCUCACUGCAUGACCCCGUCUCUAUGGACGGCCACCGGAGUCCCCAUCGUCCCGUCGAUUUGGGAUCCGCCAAGGAGGCUCUCCUAGGCAUUUCGCCAUCGACGCGGCUACCAUCUAGGCUCUGAUGAGCAGCCGUCUGGUUUCAUCCUCCUCGCACACUCGAUGAAAUUUAUGCAAUGUAAAUUUUGUUAACGUAUCUUUUUUUCGUUGUGCACGAAGAUAUAGUUUGAUGGAGUUGUUAUGAAUCCAAUGCUUUAUUUAGGUGUACCAUGACAUUAGAGAGUCCAAUACGUACCAUGAUCUUCAAAAAGAUGUCAUGCACGAAUGAUGUGCGUGACACGGGCAACAAUACCCCUAGUUUCGUCUCUAUGUCUAUUGUAUUGUGAAUGAACUUUGUUGUAUUGUAUGCUGAACAUUGUUGUAUUUAUAUUGUAUUUGAUGUCGUGGA